GAUGCGCAAUCAUAUUUAUUUUUACAUCACUCAUCACAUCAACUCACGUCUAAUCCAGCCGAGGUAUUGCUUCAUGUCCUUGGUUUCCAGAGCUAAAGUAUGACACUGUCAUGCAUGCAUUUAUAUAGCAAGUUGUCUUAUAUCAGCAGGUUUAUUUCAUUAAGAAAAUUUGUAGUUUUAUUUGUUAAUUACUGACGGAAAAUGGAUAUCGAACCAGGUGUCCUUUUGUGUCACGAGUUUGACUUGCUUUCAUCCAUUGAAGACCCCACCAAUUUAGACUUUGACUUUGACACCACACCCGCAAGUGAUUUGUUCUCAGCCUGUCAUGGAUUUUGGGUUGAUCAAAAGUCUGGAAAUAUAUUUCUUCGUUUGGAACCAGCAGAUGAAAACGAUAAAGCGCGUUUUUGUAAAACCGAUAUCAAAUUUAUAUUUCAAAAUUGCAUAAGAAUUUUAAUACUAGCCAUACAAGAAGAAGCGCAACCAAAUUAUUGUAAAUUUAUACCAAGUGCUAUCAAGGACCAUGACGGUUUCUUGAAAACAAUGCUGUGUGCUCAUUCACUCACUAAACAAUUUCUACAAAAAUAUGUGACAAACCAAUUUGGGGUUGUACACCGGGGACAAAACCAUGAGGAUGAACGCGACAAUAUUUUACGCACAAAAAUUUUAUCUGGAACUAUUCAUCUCACCUAUAAGACGAAUGAUUCCUAUAUAAAGUUCAAUUUUGGCGAUGUAGAUACGACAUUAGCUCUGGAAACAAGGCAACCCACCGAGGACGGUUUUCCACAAUUUCUUAUACUAGUCAAGAAUGCAAAAUCAUUAGAAAUUUUUAAUGCUGAACCCCCUUUAAUCAACGUUACCUCCCGAUUGCUAGAGAUAACAAAACUGAUUGCCACAUUUAAUCAACUCCAAUGGGAGCGCAUAUAUUUGGAGGAGAGGAAAAAUUCUCUCCAAAUGUACUUGGAUAAUCUUCCCUUCGAAGAUAUGAUUCCACGUCAUGCCAACUACAUUAAGAGGACUGAAGAAGACAUUGUAAUCUAUUUAAUGCAGUUCCGGCAGCAAUGGAAACACAUGCAUCCUGGUCGACGAGAAAAUAUGGUUCAAAAUGAGUGGAAAAGAAUUUUAACUCAAUGUGGGCUGCAAUACAAGGAACAUCAUCUACUGUCUGGCGAAAAGGAUAGAAUGCUACAACAAAUUCGAGAUAUUCACCGUGAAACGGACAAAUAUAUAGUUAAUACAAUUUCAAAACGGUACAACGUCUUGGACACUAAAGUUAAGUUACUUAUCCCACCAUUAUUGGAUAUGGAUACCAACGCUCUGAACAAAAUGAAAAAAUUAUGUUGCAACGGUUGGGCGCAACGUGAAGUUGAUUCAGUAAAAAAUGUAAUCAUUGGUUUUGAAGACAACGGGAUUCCAUUUGACGCACAUCCAAUGAUUCAAAAUCUUGACAUCUCCUUCGGCGGAGUAUUCUUAAACCCAAAUAUCUCCAUCAAUUAUAAUAAUCCAGAGCCGGAUGAGACAAUGGGAAAAAAUCCUAUUUUAGUAAGUCUGAAAUCACUGCUGGAUUUAAACCAAGACGUGCCCCAACCAACAAGUGAAAUCAAAUUGGGUAAAGAUUUUGACAUGAUGCCAUAUUUUUAUGAAGAAAUGGGAAGCCUUGCACCACUUUUAAAAAAAGGAAACGCAAGAAUUUCUAAUAAUACUCUAAACUCAACGGCACGGAAACUGAAGAAAAGGAACAAAUUGCUCAAAAUUUAUAUCAGACAUAAGAAAUCGUUGAACUUUUCUAAAUUUCUAAGUACUGUUUUGUCUUGGAUUUAAAGUAUAUCUUCAGAUAUUUUUUUAUGUAGGUUCGUUGUAUAUUUCAAUUUAAAUAUAUGUCGUUAUGCUCAGAAUUUGGCAUCGAGCCAUGAUUUCGUUAAGAAAAUUAUUUCCCGUAAUUGUUAAAAAAUCGAAAAAUGAAUAACGUGAAAGUUUUAAAAUAAUGAACCUGAGAACAACUUGUUCUUUUUUCUGGUCUUAUGACACAAAAGCUUUUAAAAAUCAAUAUUCUUACUAGAUGAAUCCCCCCAAUAAAGCUCAAAACUUGAUUUAUUUCCA